CGGAAAAAUUUAACAAAUGAACUUCCAAAACUGUAUGAGCGAGCCUUUGAUACUGCUAACCAGGCCGUCAAUGAAGAUAGAAACGGAAAUAAAGAAAAAGCUAAGAGGCAUUACUUAGAAGUAGUUAAUAUAUUUGGGUCUAUAGUUCAAAUUGAACCUGAUCAAGUCAAGAGAAAUAAGAUAUUGACAAAAUGCCAUGAGUAUAGGAUGCGUAUUGAGCAACUAGGCGGCGAAUCGACAUUAGACAGCCUUCUAAAACAAGCACAGACAAUUCAAAAUCAAGCUAAAUUACAAGAUGAACAAAAAAAUUACAUAGAGGCUUUGACUUUAUAUACAAAAGCUGCAGAAAUUUUCAUAGAGGCUAUCAAAGAAACCAAGGACGCAUCACGCAAUAAACAAUUAACUACCGAAGUAAAGCAAUUGUUUGAUAGGGCUGAAGAAUUGAAAGGGUUGCCAACAAGGAGGACGUUAUUAGCUGUACAAUCGGCAAAUCAUGGGACGAAAAUCACUUCUUCGUGUAAACUUACGCAAAAAGAGAUUGAUAUACUUAAACAUACAUCCUUCAUUAAUGAAAGACGUUUUCUGCCAUGGCUGGAAACUGAUUUAAAUGAAGAAUUUAAAUAUGAAAAACCAUUUGUAGAUCUGGAUGGUCCAUUAUCAUUAUCAAUUAAACAGAAAGAGAACUUUGGAGCAUGGAGGCGACCACAUCAAAUUAUGGAAAACCCGAAAAUGAUUGUUAGGAUUUCAAGUUCUACUAUUAAACAG